AUAUAUAUAUCUACACAAAGUCAAACCCUCCCCCCAAAAGCCAAUUCUGCCACUUCUCUGUUUUCUUUUUCUGUUAUUCUCUCUCUACCACAACCGUCGUUUCCAAUGCCCUUUCCCUUUCCCUUCCCUUCCAAGAUCCCUAGCAAAUAUAAUCCACUUUCAUAAAUCUUGAUUCUGAUUCGAAAACCAUAAUUGAAUUCCCCUCUUUUAUCAUAGAAAAAUAAAAAAAUUGCGCACUUUACUCUAUCUUUUUCCCCAAUCAAAAUAAUACAACCCUAAACUGCCCUGAAGAAAAGAAGCCAUGAAUGCUAAUGUUCAAGACAAGAAAAUGGAACUGAAUGGGACGGAUGAUCUUAAGAGGCCUUUGCUGGAGCCCCCAGAUAGUAUUUUUAUAACUAUACCUGAACCUGUUGAUAAGUUGGAUAAGAAGAAAACAGUGAUGUUCAGAAUUGGGAAUAUCAAGUGUGCAUCUUGUGUAACUUCCAUAGAAUCUGUACUUGGACAGGUCAAGGGGGUUGAGAGUGUCUCAGUGUCACCAAUUCAAGGUCAAGCGGCAAUUGAAUAUGAUCCAAAGCUAAUCAAUACAAAAAUGAUUAAAGAGACAAUAGAGGAUGCUGGUUUCCCCGUUAGUGAGUGUUCAAGGCAAGAGAUAGCAGUCUGCCGGCUCAGGAUUAAGGGAAUGGCGUGUACAAGCUGUUCUGAGUCCCUUGAACGUGCUCUAAAGUCAGUGGAUGGAGUUAAAAAAGCAGUGGUUGGUCUAGCUCUUGAAGAAGCUAAGGUUCACUUUGAUCCCAAUGUUACCGAUGCUGUUCGUAUUGUUGAAGCAAUAGAAGAUACUGGCUUUGGAGCUGAUCUCAUCAGUUCUGGAAAUGAAGUAAACAAAGUACAUCUAAAACUUGAGGGAGUGUCCUCAAAGGAGGAGAUAAACACUAUUCAAUCCUACCUUGAGUCGGCUAUAGGUGUAAAUCACGUUGAAAUGGACUUGGAAGAAAAUAAGGUCACUGUCAACUAUGACCCAGACCUUACUGGUCCAAGAUCUCUCAUUAAAGGUGUACAAGAAGUUGGUCAUGGAUCAUACAAGGCAAGCUUGUAUAUACCCCCUAAACAAAGAGAGACUGAGCAGCAGCAUGAAAUUAAUACGUAUAGAGAUCAGUUCCUUUUAAGUUGCCUAUUCUCAGUUCCAGUAUUUAUAUUCUCCAUGGUACUUCCAAUGCUUCCUCCUUUUGGAAAUUGGUUAGAAUACAAGAUCUGCAACAUGUUUACUGUUGGGUUGCUUCUGAGAUGGAUUCUUUGCACACCAGUACAGUUCAUUGUUGGUCGAAGGUUUUAUACUGGAUCAUACCAUGCAUUGAGACGAAAAUCUGCUAACAUGGAUGUUUUAGUUGCCAUGGGCACCAAUGCUGCAUAUUUUUACUCUGUUUAUAUAGCAAUUAAAGAUCUGAGCUCAGACACAUUCGAAGGGCAAGAUUUUUUUGAGACAAGUGCAAUGUUGAUAUCCUUUAUUCUAUUAGGAAAGUAUUUAGAGGUGGUGGCUAAAGGGAAAACAUCAGAUGCUUUAGCCAAGCUGACAGACCUUGCUCCUGAUAGUGCUCGUUUGCUAACAUUAGAUGAUGAUGGAAAUGUUGUCUCAGAGGUGGAAAUCAGCACCCAACUAAUACAAAGGAAUGAUAUAAUCAAGAUCAUUCCUGGGGAGAAGGUUCCCGUUGAUGGCAUUAUCACUGAUGGUCAAAGCUAUGUGAAUGAGAGUAUGAUCACAGGGGAGGCACAGCCUAUUGCUAAAAAGCCUGGUGACAAGGUUAUUAGUGGAACUAUGAAUGAGAACGGAUGUUUACUGGUCAAGGCCACUCAUGUUGGGUCAGAGACUGCACUUUCUCAAAUUGUUCAGCUUGUUGAAGCAGCUCAGCUUUCCAGAGCACCGGUUCAGAAAAUUGCUGACCAGAUUUCUCGUUUUUUUGUUCCUGCAAUUGUUCUCACUGCAUUCAUUACUUGGUUGGGAUGGUUGAUACCUGGAGUUAUUGGUAUUUACCCUAAAAAUUGGAUUCCGGAAGGCAUGGAUAAAUUUGAACUUGCACUGCAAUUUGGUAUUUCAGUGCUGGUGGUUGCUUGCCCAUGCGCUUUAGGACUAGCAACCCCUACAGCAGUCAUGGUUGCCACUGGGAAGGGUGCUUCACUCGGUGUGCUUAUUAAGGGUGGAAAUGCACUUGAGAAGGCACACAAGGUCAAAGCAAUUGUGUUUGAUAAGACAGGGACGUUGACAGUUGGGAAACCGGAGGUUGUAAGUGUUAUGCUCUUUUCAAGUAUGUCCAUGGGAGACUUCUGCAAUGUGGCUAUUGCUGCGGAGGCAAACAGUGAACACCCUAUAGCCAAAGCUUUCCUGGAUUAUGCUAGAAAGUUGCAUCAGAAGAUAGAACCUAACAAUCAACCCAACAACCAACACCUAACAGAGGCAAGGGACUUUGAGGUGCACCCUGGCACUGGGGUGAGUGGAAAAGUUGGUGAAAAAAUGGUCUUGGUUGGGAACAAGAGGCUUAUGCGGACUUAUAAUGUCACAGUUGGUCCCGAAAUUGAGGGCUAUAUUUCAGAAAACGAGCAACUGGCUCAAACAUGUGUCUUAGUUGCCAUUGAUGGAAAGGUUGCUGGAGCUUUUGCAGUAACUGAUCCAGUGAAGCCAGAAGCUAAGCAUGUCAUAUCAUAUCUUCGCUCAAUGGGCAUCUCAAGCAUCAUGGUAACUGGUGAUAACUGGGCUACUGCAACUGCCAUAGCAAAGGAGGUUGGAAUAGAGAAUGUGGUUGCUGAGACAGAUCCAGUGGGAAAAGCUGGUAGGAUCAAAGAUUUGCAGAUGAAAGGUUUGACUGUUGCUAUGGUGGGAGAUGGAAUAAAUGACUCACCUGCUUUAGUCGCAGCUGAUGUAGGCAUGGCAAUUGGUGCAGGUACUGAUGUAGCUAUAGAAGCAGCCGAUGUAGUUCUUAUCAAAAGCAACUUGGAAGAUGUAGUUACAGCAAUAGACCUGUCCAAGAAGACCAUUUCCCGCAUUUGGCUUAACUAUGUGUGGGCCCUUGGCUAUAACAUACUUGGUGUGCCAGUUGCUUCUGGAAUCUUAUAUCCCUUCACUGGAAUUCGGUUACCACCAUGGCUAGCUGGUGCAUGCAUGGCUGCCUCCUCUCUUAGCGUAGUUUGUUCCUCUCUCAUGUUGCAGUCUUAUAGGAAGCCAUUGGUAGUUCAAGAUACAAAAGGACAAACUCAUUGCUCCAAAUCUACAUGAUGGGAUAUAUCGGUAAUUCAUAUGUAACCGUAUAAUGUCCUACUGUUCCCAUAUUCAAAUGUAGAAGGUCCUUACCAGAUCCCGGCUUCUGAACAGGUUGAUGUUACUGCUAAAGAUUUUCUUGCAAUUAAAUUUAACUUCACAUGUUCUCCAAAAUUGUGUACUUUUGGAAUACCAUUUAGUUAUAUGUCUUGUAUAACUAGAAUUGUAAAGUUCGUUGUUGGGGAAACUGGAUCAUUUCCAAUGAGAAGAUUGGCUUACCUAAAAAGAUUUAUGGAUGUAAAACUCUAUUAGAUGUCAUGGACUGUUUCAUGCCCUUUUUCUUUAGAAUGCUUAAAUAAUCACUAAUGCAUAGUACCGCUUAAAGUUUCAAGCAUUUCAGCAGAUGUGAGUCCAGAAGCAUUUAGAAAUCUAUCUUCAUUCUUAGUACUUGAUAACUUGGGUAGCAAAGAAGAAUGACCAAGAAGCACAAGGCUCCUUAUCUGUCUCUCCUCUCUUCCCUUUAUCAAGAACAAUAUAGAAUCACUAUUUUCAAGGUUAAAA